CCUCGGUCCUCAUCACCAGCCUGGGUCCGAGACGGAGCGGAGAGGUGACCAUGGCCGGGCUGGUGCUGUCUCCCGUGCCCCACAACUGGCUGGUGGUGUUGCUUCUGUUGCUUUCAGGUGUGCCAGCAGCCAAAACAGAAGACAGGCACCAGGAUCCCAAAGGAAGCACUUGUUCUGGAAUCUGGCAGAGCCCGCGCUUCAUAGCCCGGAAAAGGGGCGCCGUGGUGGAAAUCAGGUGCCACACGAAGGAGGUGGGAGCCGUGAGCUGGUUGUGGAAGCGGGAGAUGGACUUGGAGUCCAAGCCCCUGCCGAGAGAGAACCGCAUCCUCCAGAGCCAGAACCACUCGGUCGCCACCCUCACCAUCCAGGGCAUCCAGUUCUCGGACAACGGCAUCUACUUCUGCCAGCAGAAGUGCUCCAAGGAGUCCUUCAGCAAAGGCUGUGGCACCGAGCUGCGAGUCAUGGGGUUCAGCACCUUGGCCCAGCUGAAGCGGAGGAACACACUAAAAGAUGGCAUCAUCAUGAUCCAGACCCUGCUCAUCAUCCUCUUCAUCAUCGUGCCCAUCUUCCUGCUGUUGGACAAGGAUGACAGCAAGGCUGGGAUGGAUGAAGAUCACACCUAUGAGGGCCUGAACAUUGACCAGACGGCCACCUACGAGGACAUAGUGACUCUGCGGACAGGAGAAGUGAAGUGGUCAGUGGGGGAGCACCCAGGUCAAGAGUGAGGGGCUGGCUUCCCCAUGCCCCUUGACCCAGCCAGCUGGGCCCUCACUGACUGUGUGAGAGCCACCUCCGCCUUCCAGCUCAUCCCCUCUUCCCUGGGCCUCGGUCAGCCUCUGAAGCUGGCCCACCAGAUCUGCCUGCCCCUCCGGCCCCUGGUCCCAGCUCUUGCCAAAGAGACUAAAGUGGAAGGGCCGCAGGGCAGGGCAGUGAUUUGGAGUGGGGAGUUCUCUGGGGAUAGACUGGACCCAGCCUUCUGGGGGUGCUAUGUGGGGAUCCAGCCCACGUUCUGGACGGGAAGGCAGAGGCUUUUCUGGAACCUGCAAAUGGACUCAUAGCAGACUGGCUUCCUGCAGAGCCCAUGGGAAGCCGUGGUCCGUCCCACUUGGCCAUAGAUGGGCUGCGGAGGGCCACAUGCCUCUCCCACUCUCUCCCACCUUCUCCUACUCUCUCCUACCUUCUCCGACCCUCUCCCACCAUCUCCGAUCCUGUCCGACACUCUCCCACCC